GAUCUGCCUGCUUGACUAUGAUCACCAAACAUGGAAUUAAUUUACACAAGACUAAAGACAAAGACCAAACCAAACUCAAUCUCUUUCUACUUGAACCUUCCUAACUGGGAUUGAAUGCUUCUUUCUUACAACAAUCUGAACUCUUUCUUCUGCUUGUUGUCUCUAGACUCUAAUGGUGGUGGUUUCUCAAGCUUCAAGCCUUCCUCUUCCAAACCCGUCUCUUCCUUCAUCCCCUCCCCACAUCACCUCCCUUUUAUUUGAACCAAAUUCCCUCUCUUUAGCCCUUAUGCACUCUGAUUCUUCCAUAUCUCUUUACCCUUCUCUAUCAAUUCCCUCCCUUUCUUCUUUCCCUUCAACCCCUCAAUUUCUCAUCCCGUCUCCCUCUUCUUCCUCUACUUUCCUUCUCCUGAAUCCUAACCCUAACCCUAGAGUUGUUUUUGUUGUGGGAGGCCCGCAUAGAAGUGGGGCUCAGGUAUUGCUUCGGUUCUAUGUUCUCCAAAGGAACAAUCUUUAUGGGAAAGCUCAAGUCCUUUGCUCGCAAAAGGGUGUUUGUUUUGAUCACAAGUUGGGGGUUUUAUUGGAUGUCAAACAUGGGGUGUCUGUUAAGCUUGUUGGGUCAGUUAAUUUCUUUGCAAUGUACUCGUUUUCAAGCUCUAAAAUUUGGGUUUUCGGUGUGAAGUUGAUGGAUGAUGAUGGGGGGUUGAGAUUGAAGUUGACGAGGUGCGCUGUGAUUGAGUGUUGUAAGCCAAUUUGGUCGAUAAGCUUGUCAUCUGGGUUCAUGAUUUUGGGGGAGGAAAAUGGGGUUAGAGCUUUCAAUCUCAGAAAUCUGGUUAAAGAGAAGACGAAGAGAGUGAAGAAUUUUAAAGUAUCAGGUUCGUCAAAUGGAAUAGUUGGUGAUGGUGCUUUUGCUGGAUCAAAUCAAGAGGUUGCUUGCAAUGGUUACGUGGUUGGGAGGAUUGAUAAGCAUUCUGUUUCUGGUAACUUUGUGGAUUCUAGCUUAAAACAGAGGUCUGUUAAAUGCAGACAAGACUCCAGUGAAGCAUAUUUUGUGGCAUUUAGGAGCAAGAAAGCUGAAGGCUUGAGUUCUACAACAUCUGCUUUCAUGUCUUUGAAGGCAAUUUCUAUCCAGGCAGUGUCUGCAAAAAAGUUUCUGAUAUUGGAUUCUACUGGAGAUUUACACAUCUUACACCUUUCCAACUCUGUUGCUGGAUCAAACAUCAUUGGUCACAUGAGGCAGUUGCCUCAUUUUAUGAAUGUGCUAAAACUGGCUGUUCUCCCUGAUAUUUCCUUACGAACUCAAACUAUUUGGAUUACAGAUGGACAACACUCUGUGCAUGUAAUGGCUGCAUCUGAUGCAGAUAUCACUGUUGGCAAAAAUGGUAUAAACGAGAUUGAGGAGAAGCUAAUGCAAAUGUCAGUUAUUGAAGCAAUCUUUGUCGGUGAAAAGAUUCAAGACAUUGUACCUUUGGCAGCGAAUGGAGUUCUGAUUCUUGGACAAGGAAAUCUGUAUGCUUAUGCAAAUUCUUGAAGUUACAUUGAUAAUAGAUCCUUUUAGUGAAUCUCAAUGUUUCAGGAAAUAUUGGAUGAUUACACCAGUUUGGCGGGGUCCUGGUUGAAUGUUCUAUUUCGAUGUUGGUGAUUACCUGUGUUGCUAUGGUAUCAUUUGUCAUUAUGUUUCUGAGUUUUGAGCUACAGUUGUCUCAUGUUUAAUUGUGAAAAAGGCUUCGAGAAGACUGAGCUUUUGAAGACAAAUCAUUGGACAAAGUUGAGUGCAAGUCAUGAAUGACGGAUUUCUGAUUCAUGAAGAUUGACUCGAACAACUCUGAUACCUCCAUUUCCAGCCUGCUUUUACCUGUUGCCAGCCAAAGCUGCUGCAAAUGUGUUGAGAAGUUGGCUGUUGGUUUAUCUGUUUUUUCAGCCUUUGUGGAGCAAGCAUGCACGGUUUUAGGCUAUCAAGGGAUCACAAUACAACCUGCUAAUAAAAUGUCAUAAAGAUUUAGACAACCUCAAAACGAUAUUCUGCUGCUGGUUUUGUACAAAACUCCAUCAACAUUUAUUCUGCUAUCAAUUUGUGCAAAAUUGUAAGGUUUUUGUUAUUUCUCCAACUUUGGCUCAGUCCAUAUUUUGGGUUUGCUGGCAACUCACCAUCGAAUUGCUUCAUUUUCUGAACUGGGUUGAGCAUGAUUUAUUUAUGGAAAUGAAAUUCUGCAACUUUAA